CAAGAACUUGUACAGCAGCCACCCGUUCAUGCUGGUGCACGAGGAAACGGGCGAGAGCUGUGGCAUCUUCCUGCUCAACAGCAAUGCCAUGGACAUCCUGCUCAAGCCGAGUCCCUCGGUGACCUUCCGCACGACGGGCGGCAUUCUGGACGUGUUCGUGUUCCUGGGGCCCACGCCGUCCGAGGUGGUGCAGCAGUACACGGCGCUCGUGGGUCGGCCGGCCAUGCCCCCUUACUGGGCCCUGGGCUUCCACCUGAGCCGCUGGGGCUACGCGAGCAUCGACGAGGUCAAGGAGACCCGGCGUCGAAACCUGCGCGCUGGCAUACCCGUCGAGGCGGUGUGGCUUGACGCCGACUACAUGGAGGCCCUGCGGCCCUUCACCUACGACAAGGUCCGCUUCGCCGGUCUGCCGGAGUUCGCGCAGGACCUGCACAAGCGGGACAUGAAGUUCGUUCUCACGCUGCAUCCGGGCAUCGACGCGAACCUGGAAAGCGGCUCCUACCUUCCCUUCGACGAAGGUCACAAGACGGCCGUGUUUGUGAGGUCGGAAGCCGGCGACUACAACUACGGCAUGGUGGGCAACCGCAGCCGAUUGGUGUUUCCGGAUUUCACGCAUCCGGCAAGCGGCGAGUACUGGACCAAGAUGUUGUCCUACUUCCACGACGUGGUGCCCUUCGACGGACUCUGGCUGGACCUGAACGAGCCGUCGAGCCUGUACAACGGCUCCGAGCGCGGAUGCCCGGCUUCAACGCUGGAGGAACCGCCGUAUCUGCCCGGCGAAGGCAACGAGGCGCUUCGAACCAAGACGCUAUGCAUGACGGGUCGCCACUACCUGUCCAGGCACUACAACUUGCACAACCUGUACGGGCUGACCGAGGCACUGCGCACAUACGACUCCCUGCGUCAGAUUCUCCUGCGGAGACCGUUCAUCAUAUCGCGGUCAACGUUCUCGGGGCAGGGUCGCUACUCGGGUCACUGGAGCGGAGACAUCGAGUCUGACUGGGACGCCAUGCGAUCGUCCAUUCCGUCGAUGCUGACUUUCAACAUACUGGGCAUCCCGCUGACCGGCUCGGACAUCUGCGGCUUCUGGGACAACACCACCAGCGAGCUGUGCAACCGGUGGCAGGCCCUGGGCGCCUUCUAUCCGUUCGCGAGGAACCACAACGCCAAGGGGAACCUCGACCAAGACCCGGCGGCCAUGGGCGGUGCCGUGGCUGCCACGGCAAAGAAGACUCUCAAGAUCCGAUACUGCUUCCUGCCCUACCUGUACACCCUGUUCUACCGCAGUCACGUGUUCGGCGAAACGGUCGCCCGACCUCUGUUCUUCGAGUUCCCCAAGGACGUCAACACGUACGCCGUGGACACGCAGUUCCUCUGGGGCAGCGCCCUGCUCGUCCUCCCCAUCCUGGAGCCGAACGCGACGAGCGUGAAGCCGUACCUGCCCCGUGGCAUCUGGUACGAUGUGAUGCUCGGCCUGCCCUACCACAGCGCCGGCGAAGACUUCCAGAUGUCGCCGCUCAACGACUCUAUCUGCCUGCUCAUUCGCGGAGGUCAUGUGGUGCCAUCGCAGGAACCAGCGCAAACCACUGCCGCCAGCCGGCUGAAGCCGUUCAACUUGCUCGUGGCUCAAAACCAUGACGGGCUGGCGACGGGCGAACUCUACUGGGACGACGGGGAGUACGUCGGUUCCUACGAAAAGGGCGAGUACAGCCUCAUCAAGUUCGUCGCAGUCAAGAACACGGUGUCGAGCAUGUGCGUGCACUGCGGCUACGACAGCAUCAUGCUGCUGAACGCCGUCACAGUGUACGGAGUCACGGACAAGCCACGGGAAGUGCACUUCAACAGGUUGCCCACCAACUUCACCUACAACCCAGCCGGACAGUUCAUGAAGGUGUCGAGCCUGCACUACCAGCUCACCAAGCCAUUCGUGCUGACGUGGAACCGCUGAGAAAGCAUGGCACACCGCACUCCUUGCAUUUUGGCUGGUCGCAAUAAAAGAGCCUGUGUU